UUGUCACCACUUCCUGGUGUGACUGCUGGGUAGAACGCAUUUGCUGCUGCAUCAAAGAUGGGACAUUCUCGGCACAUAUUUGGUUCUGUCAGGGUUAACAUUGUGGAAAAAUAAGCGGCAAGUUGACAGAAGUGAAAGCGGAGAGCGGGUGGCGGCUGCCGCGGGCAGCGUUAACCCUCGUCGCGCUACGCACCUCCUGCUCUCUUAGCGCUAACUUGCCCCCUCUACCUUAUUCUACAGCGCUAGCUGGUUAGCGCAAAUAGUAAAUAUUAGCUUCUCGGGCGAGCUUUCUCGUUGUGGAUUGCUAAAAUGGCCACCAUGGAGAAGCUAAUGAAGGCCUUUGAGUCUCUGAAGUCAUUUCAACAACAGCAGGGACCACCGACAGCAGAGGAGCUCGUUCAGAGACAGUAAAAAAAAGGAGCAAGCUGCAACAAAGAAGGACAGAGUGACCCAUUGCCUGACGAUAUGUGAAAACAUUGUGGCUCAGUCUCUGAGAACAUCUCCAGAGUUUCAGAAACUGCUCGGGAUCGCAAUGGAGAUGUUUCUUCUCUGCAGCGAUGACAGUGAAUCAGAUGUCCGUAUGGUGGCUGAUGAGUGCCUGAACAAAAUCAUCAAAGCUCUGAUGGAUUCGAACUUGCCUAGACUGCAGCUGGAGCUGUACAAAGAAAUUAAAAAGAACGGUGCCUCACGGAGUCUGAGAGCAGCUUUGUGGAGGUUUGCUGAGCUCGCCCACCUCAUCCGACCCCAGAAAUGCAGACCUUACCUGGUCAACCUGCUGCCAUGCCUCAGUCGGAUCACCAAGCGUCAGGAGGAAACCGUGCAGGAGACGCUGGCUGCAGCAAUACCCAAAAUCAUGUCAGCGUUGGGAAACUUUGCUAACGAUGGCGAGAUUAAGGUGCUGCUGAAGUCGUUUGUUGCCAACCUGAAGUCCAGCUCUUCCACCAUCAGACGGACAGCGGCCAGCUGCGCCGUCUGCGUGUGCCAACACUCCAGACGCACAAGUUACUUCUACACAUGGCUCCUUAAUGUACUGCUGGGCCUGUUGCUUCCAGUCGAUGAUGAACACCCUAGUCAUCUUAUUUUGGGGGUGCUGCUAACUUUUCGCUACCUGAUGCCCCUGCUGCAACACCAAGUCAACACCAGCAGCCUCAAAGGGAGCUUUGGAGUGAUGAGGAAGGAGGCCGAUGUCCAGCCAACACCUGAGCAACUCCUACAGGUGUACGAACUGACGCUGCACUACACGCAGCAUUGGGAUCACAACGUGGUCACAGCCUCCCUGGAGCUCCUGCAGCAGAUGUUCAGGACUCCCCCGCCGGAGCUUCUGCACGUGCUCAUCACGGCCGGCAGCAUUCCUCACGCCACCGUGUUUCGUCAGGACACGGAGAGCCGCGCACGCUCGGGCAGCAUCCUGGAGCUCAUCGCGGGGGGAGGGUCUUCCUGCAGUCCUCUUCUUCUCAGGAAACAGAGAGGUAAAAUUCUUUCUGGAGAAGAGGAUGGGUUGGAGGACGAUCCCGAAAGAGCAGAAGUCAACGCUGGAGCCUUCACAGACGGCUCGUCUGCUGCUCAGGUCGACAUCAUCACAGAGCAGCCGCGCUCUUCGCAGCACACGCUGCAGCCUGGUGACUCUGUGGACCUCAGCGCCUCCUCUGAGCAGGGUGGCGGAGGCGGCACAUCCGCAUCAGGUACUCCCGAGUCACCCAAUGAAAACGAGGAGGAAAUGCUGAGUCGAAGUUCCAGCGGCGCCAACGUCACCCCGGAGACAGCCGACUACACAACACCAGAAAAUGCCACCCCUGAAGGCGGGGGGCCGCUCGGCGAAGGUGGGAUGGCGCUGGGCACUAAUGAUCGAUCGCUCCCACCAAGCGACUCCUCUCAGACGACCACAGAGGGACCGGAUUCGGCCGUGACACCUUCGGAUGUAGCAGAACUGGUCCUGGAUGGCAGCGAGAGCCAGUACUCCGGCAUGCAGAUAGGAACACUACAGGAUGAAGAAGAUGAAGGAGCAGCAUCUUCCUCCCAAGAAGAACCCUCAGAGCCGUUCUUGCAGUCGGCCCUCGCUCUGAGUAAGCCUCAUCUGUUUGAUGGCCGAGGUCACAAUCGGCAGGGUUCAGACAGCAGCGUGGACCGCUUCAUUCCCAAGGAUGAGCCUGCUGAACCCGAACCUGAUAAUAAACCGUCACGGAUAAAGGGUCCGAUUGGACACUACACAGACCAGGGGGCGGAGCCACUGGUUCACUGUGUGCGACUUCUUGCUGCUUCCUUUCUUCUCACAGGACACAAGAAUGGGUUGAUUCCUGAUAAAGAGGUUCGAGUGAGUGUGAAGGCGUUGGCGGUCAGCUGCGUAGGAACUGCAGCAGCGCUGCAUCCUGAAGCAUUCUUUAAUUCUCUCUACCUGGAGCCACUGGAUGGCGUCCCAGUUGCAGAGCAGCAAUAUAUUAGUGAUGUUCUGGGCCUCAUUGAACACGGAGACCCCCAGAUCAGAGGGGCCACAGCCAUCCUCUGUGGAGCCAUCAUCCAAGCUGCGCUUACCAAAACACGUUACAAUAUUCACACCUGGCUGGCCGGUGUGCAAAGUACAACAGGUAACCCUCUGUCCCUGGUGGAUUUGGUGCCUUUGCUCCAGAAAACUUUAAAAGACGAAUCCUCGGUCACCUGCAAGAUGGCGUGUGCUGCAGUCAGGCACUGCAUCAUGACGCUGUGCAGCAGUACGCUGAGUGAACUCGGGUUGCAGCUGGUGAUAGACCUUUUUGCUCUGCGGGAUUCUUCCUACUGGCUCGUUCGCACUGAGCUCCUGGAAACUCUGUCCGAGUUAGACUUCAGAUUAAUUAAUUUCUUGGAGAGAAAAACUGAAACUUUGCACAAAGGAGAUCAUCACUUCACUGGGCGAUUACGGAUUCAGGACAGAGUCCUGAAUGAUGUGGUGAUCUAUCUGUUGGGAGACGACGAUCCAAGAGUGCGACACGUGGCAGCCUCAGUUGUUAGCAGACUCAUUCCGAGAUUGUUCUUCGACUGUGACCAAGGCCAGGUAGAUCCAGUGGUGGCGAUCGCCCGGGACCAGAGUUCAGUCUACCUGCAGCUACUUAUGCAUGAGACACAACCCCCGUCCCAGUUCACAGUCAGUACAAUCACAAGGACUUAUCGAGGCUACAACUUUUCUAACUCUGUGUCCGAUGUCUCAUUGGAAAACAACCUGUCCAGAGUUGUUACUGCAGUCUCCCAUGCUUUCACAUCUUCCACCUCCAGAGCGCUAACUUUUGGCUGCUGUGAGGCCUUGUGUCUUCUAGCAUCAAAUUUUCCUGUUGGUACCUGGAGUACAGGCUGGCACUGUGGCUACGUUAGCUCUAGCAGCAACUUUUCUUCUCGUUCUAGUCUCAACCGCAGCAGAGGCAGGACACUCAGUUUGUCUCAGAGCAGCAACGCUCCAGCCUCUUUGGCCUCCUCCUCGUCUGCGCUGGAUUCUGAGCGGAAGGCGCUGACCGUGGGACCGGCCAACAUGGUGCUGUCCUUGCUGUCUUCUGCGUGGUUUCCUCUGGAUCUUGCUGCACACCAAGAUGCACUUGUGCUCUGUGGGAACCUGCUUGCAUCUGUGGCUCCUAAAUGCUUACGCAACCCCUGGGCUGGAGAGGAGGAAGGAAGCACUGGGAACACUGGUGCAGGCUCAAAUAAAACAGAGGAACCCUGGACAGCCCUGUCAGAGCGCUCCCUGGUGGCCAUGGUGGAACAGCUGUUUUCUCAUCUGCUAAAGGUUCUCAACAUCUGUGCGCACGUUCUGGACGACACGCCGCCAGGACCAGCGGCUAAGGCUGCUCUCCCCUCUCUGAGCAACACACCGUCCCUCAGUCCCAUCCGCAGAAAAGGGAAGGAGAAGGAGACGACCGAGGCCACCGCUGCGCCCAUGAGCCCAAAGAAGAGCAAUGAGAUCAACACAGCAGGCAGGCAGGCGGACAGCACCACUUCAGCAGCUGUGAACAAAUCCAUCACCCUGGGCAGCUUCUACCACCUGCCUCCCUAUCUCAAGCUCUACGAUGUCCUCAAAGCUACACACGCCAACUAUAAGGUGACGUUGGAUCUCUACAGUAGCCAGGAGAAGUUUGGAGGUUUUCUGCAUGCUGCCUUGGAUGUUUUGUCCCAGCUGCUGGAGCUGGCCACACUACAUGACAUCGGAAAGUGUGUAGAGGAAAUUCUGGGCUACCUGAAGUCCUGUUUCUCCAGAGAACCGACCAUGGCCACUGUUUGUGUGCAGCAGCUGUUGAAGACGCUGUUUGGGACCAACCUGGCUUCCCAGUAUGAAAGUGUGCUGAGUGGACCCAGCCGCUCCCAGGGCAAAGCUCUGCGCCUCGGCUCGUCUAGCCUGCGCCCUGGCCUCUACCACUACUGCUUCAUGGCUCCGUACACGCACUUCACCCAGGCUCUGGCUGAUGCCAGCCUCCGUAACAUGGUGCAGGCUGAACAGGAGCAAGAUACAUCGGGAUGGUUUGAUGUUAUGCAAAAAGCAUCCAAUCAGUUGAGAUCCAACAUCGCCAAUGCUACACGUCACAGAGGAGACAAGAAUGCUAUUCACAACCACAUCCGUCUGUUUGAGCCCCUUGUGAUCAAAGCUUUGAAGCAGUACACCACCAGUACCUCUGUGGCUCUGCAGAGACAGGUUCUGGACCUGCUGGCCCAGCUUGUGCAGCUCAGAGUCAAUUACUGCCUGCUGGACUCGGAUCAGGUCUUCAUAGGCUUUGUCCUGAAGCAGUUUGAAUAUAUUGAAGUGGGCCAGUUCAGGGAUUCUGAAGCCAUCAUCCCAAACAUCUUUUUCUUCCUGGUGCUGCUGUCUUACGAACGUUACCACUCCAAGCAGAUUAUCAGCAUCCCCAAGAUCAUCCAGCUGUGCGACGGCAUCAUGGCGAGCGGCAGGAAAGCGGUCACCCACGCCAUUCCCGCCUUGCAGCCUAUAGUUUAUGAUCUUUUUGUGCUGAGAGGCUCAAACAAAGCAGACGCAGGCAAAGAGCUGGACACUCAAAAGGAAGUGGUGGUGUCCAUGCUUCUCAGACUUGUGCAGUACCAUCAGGUGUUGGAGAUGUUCAUUCUCGUUCUGCAGCAGUGUCACAAAGAGAAUGAGGACAAAUGGAAGAGACUGUCCAGGCAGAUCGCAGAUGUUAUUCUUCCUAUGAUUGCGAAGCAGCAGAUGCUGCUGGACUCUCCAGAGGCGUUAGGAGUGUUGAACACCUUGUUUGAGACGGUGGCCCCCUCCUCUCUCAGACCAGUUGACAUGCUGCUGAAGAGCAUGUUCACUGUCCCUAUCACCAUGGCAUCUGUCGCUACAGUCCAGCUGUGGGUGUCUGGAAUCCUGGCAGUGCUCAGAGUACUCGUGUCCCAGUCCACUGAGGACAUCGUCUUGUCUCGGGUCUACGAGCUGUCUCUCUCCCCACACCUCCUGUCCUGCCACACAAUACGCCGCCUGCAUCAGCAGAACCCGUCCCCCAGCGACCCACCCGCCACUGACGCCAGCUGUGACCAGGAAGCCAACGAAGAUGCACAGAAGGCUCCACCUGAAGAAACCUUUGCAAGGUUCCUGCUACAGCUGGUCGGAGUGUUACUUGACGAUAUUUCUAGCAGACGGGUCAAAGUGGACAUUACGGAGCAACAGCACACCUUUUACUGCCAGCAGCUGGGAACGUUGCUCAUGUGUUUCAUUCAUAUUUUUAAAAGCGGAAUGUUUCGCAGGAUCACGGCUGCAGCCAGUCGGCUCCUGAAGGGCGAGGGCAGCGGACAGCCGGGUCCGGAGGCCGGCCUCUACUACCCUUUAGAGGGGCUGAACAGCAUGGUGCAGAGCCUCGUCACCACCCACCCGCCUUUGGUGCUGCUGUGGUGCCAGGUGCUUCUCAUCAUUAACUACACUAACUAUUCGUGGUGGGCCGAGGUUCAUCAGACUCCCAGAAGUCACAGCCUCUCAUGCACAAAGCUGCUAAGUCCACACUCCUCUGGUGAAGGACAAGAGGAAGAAAAACCAGAGUCCCGGUUAGCAAUGGUCAACAGGGAGAUUGUACGCAGGGGAGCUCUGAUUCUCUUCUGUGACUACGUGUGUCAGAAUCUCCACGACUCGGAGCAUUUGACCUGGCUGAUCGUCAACCAUGUGCGUGACCUCAUCAGUCUUUCCCAUGAGCCUCCAGUACAAGAUUUCAUCAGCGCUGUCCACCGCAACUCUGCCGCCAGCGGCCUCUUCAUUCAGGCGAUCCAGUCUCGAUGCGACAAUCUCCCCACUCCCACCAUGUUAAAGAAGACUUUACAGUGUUUGGAAGGCAUCCACUUGAGUCAGUCUGGUUCUCUGCUCAUGCUUUAUGUGGACAAGCUGCUCAACACGCCGUUCAGGGUUUUGGCUCGCAUGGUGGACACGCUGGCGUGCCGAAGAGUGGAAAUGUUGCUGGCUGAGACGCUGCAGAACAGCAUAGCCCAGCUGCCUGUGGAGGAACUGGAGAGAAUUCAGGAAUACCUCCAGACCAGCGGACUAGCUCAAAGGCAUCAGAGGUUCUACUCCCUGCUGGACAGGUUCAGAGCCACUGUUGCCGACACCAGCAGCCCAGCACCUCCAGUCACGUCCCACCCUCUGGAUGGGGACCCACCUAUAGCCCCUGAAAAGGUUGUUGCUGACAAGGAGUGGUAUGUUGCUCUGGUGAAGUCGCAGUGCUGUCUCCAUGGAGAUGUGUCCCUGCUCGAAACAACAGAGCUCCUCACUAAAUUACCUGCUGCUGAUCUUUUCUCUGUCAUGAGCUGCAAGGAUUUCAAUCUCAACUUGUUGUGUCCCUGCCUGGGUUUGGGGGUGCAGAGGUUAACCAGGGGCCAGGGAUCUCUGUUGUUGGAAACGGCCCUGCAGGUGACCCUCAAUCAGCUAGAAGAGGUUACGGGGUCACUUCCUGCCCCACACCAGUCCUUCCUGCCGCCACCUCACCCCCAGCCGUACUGGAACCAGCUGGGUGAUGUGUACGAUGAGCUGGGUUUCUACCCCAGGGUUCUGGCCCUCUGCAGAGCUUUGUCCCAGUAUCUGCUGAGUGUGAAUCAGCUGCCUUCAUCACUACAUAUUCCCUGCGACAAGGAGCACCUCAUCACCUCUUUCACCUGCAUGGCGGCUGAGGUGGUUGUGUGGCGGCUGCUUCAGGACCAGCUGCCCCUCAGCGUGGACCUGCAGUGGGCUCUGUCCUGCCUGUGCCUGGCCCUGCAGCAGCCCUGUGUGUGGAACAAGCUUUCUACAUUGGAGUACAAGACGUACACCUGCUCCCUCAUCUACUGUCUGCACCUUAUCAUUGCUGCUGUGGCUGUUCAUCCUGGUGACCGGCUGCUGCAUCCAGAGAAGAAAAAGUCUCGAGGAGAAAAAGACGGUGAAGAUCAGCUGGACUCGGCUCUUCUCAACAACCAAUGCGAGUGGCAAGCAUGUGAGAUCAUGGCAGAACUGGUGGAAGGACUGCAGAGCAUCCUCUCCUUGGGUCACCCGAGGAACUGUGCGUUUCCAGUUUUCCUCACGCCGACGUUGCGAAACAUCGUCAUCAGUAUUUCACGCCUGCCUCUGGUCAACAGCUACACCAGAGUACCUCCACUGGUUUGGAAACUGGGCUGGUCCCCACAACCAGGUGGAGAAUUUGGCACAACGCUGCCUGAGAUCCCUGUUGACUUCCUGCAGGAAAAGGACGUCUUCAGGGAAUUCCUUUAUCGCAUCAACACAUUGGGCUGGAGCAAUAGGACUCAGUUUGAGGAAACCUGGGCCACUCUGCUGGGGGUGCUGGUCACUCAACCAAUCACAAUGGACCAGGAGGAAGAGACUCAACAAGAGGAGGACCUGGAGCGUACCCAGUUAAACGUGUUAGCAGUGCAGGCCAUCACCAGCUUGGUGCUGAGUGCCAUGACCCUGCCCACUGCUGGCAACCCUGCAGUCAGCUGUCUGGAACAGCAGCCCCGAAACAAAAGUCUUAAAGCUCUGGAAACACGGUUUGGAAGGAAACUCGCUGUGAUUCGGGGUGAAGUGGAGCGAGAAAUUCAGGCUCUAGUGUCAAAGAGGGACAACGUCAGUACACACCACCCGUACCACGCCUGGGACCCUGUGCCCUCACUUUCAGCUGCUUCUGCAGGUACGCUGAUCAGCCAUGAAAAGUUACUGCUUCAGAUCAACACAGAGAGGGAGUUGGGCAACAUGGAUUACAAACUGGGGCAGGUCUCCAUCCAUUCAGUCUGGUUAGGUAAUAACAUCACUCCUCUUAGGGAGGAAGAAUGGGGUGAGGAUGAAGAAGACGAAGCAGACACUCCGGUGCCAACCUCCCCACCUGUAUCGCCUAUAAAUUCAAGGAAGCACCGUGCAGGUGUAGAUAUUCAUUCAUGUUCCCAGUUUCUUCUGGAGCUCUACAGCCAGUGGUUGAUCCCAGGCUCUCCCAGCAACAGGAGGACGCCCACCAUCCUCCUCAGUGAAGUGGUCCGAUCGCUGCUGGCGGUGUCGGACUUGUUCACAGAGAGGAACCAGUUUGACAUGAUGUUCUCCACCCUGCUGGAGCUUCAGAAGCUUCACCCGCCCGAAGACGAGAUCCUGAAUCAGUACCUGGUGCCCGCCAUCUGUAAGGCUGCUGCCGUGCUGGGCAUGGACAAAGCAAUAGCUGAGCCGGUGUGUCGCCUGCUGGAGACGACGCUGCGCAGCACCCACCUGCCCAGCCGCAUGGGGGCUCUACACGGGGUGCUCUAUGUGUUGGAGUGUGACCUGCUGGAUGACACGGCUAAACAGCUCAUCCCCACAGUCUCUGAGUACCUUCUGUCAAACCUCAAGGCCAUUGCUCACUGUGUGAACCUGCAUAACCAGCAGCAUGUGUUGGUGAUGUGUGCAGUGGCCUUCUACAUGAUGGAGAACUACCCUCUGGAUGUUGGAGCUGAGUUUAUGGCUACAGUUAUACAACUCUGUGGUGUGAUGGUGUCAGCCAGCGAGGACUCCACUCCCUCCAUCAUCUAUCACUGCGUUCUGCGCGGACUGGAGCGCCUCCUGCUGUCGGAGCAGCUGUCCCGCGUCGAUGGAGAAGCUCUGGUCAAGCUCAGCGUGGAUCGAGUCAACAUGCCGUCACCUCACCGAGCCAUGGCCGCCCUGGGCCUCAUGCUCACCUGCAUGUACACCGCGGUGCUCGCAUCCUGUUCAGAUGCGACAGGGGUUAGAGGUCAGGUUGACUCUGUUGCGGAGGCGGUUGGCGUCACGGCGGGUCAUGUUGGUUUCUCCUCAGGCAAGGAGAAAGCCAGCCCUGCCAGCCGCCCCGCCCACUCUGACCCGCAGGCCCCGGACAGCGAGUCGGUCAUUGUCGCCAUGGAGAGGGUCUCCGUGCUCUUCGACAGGAUCAGGAAGGGUUUGCCCAGCGAGGCUCGGGUCGUGUCGAGGAUUCUGCCCCAGUUUCUGGACGACUUCUUUCCUCCACAGGACGUCAUGAACAAAGUCAUCGGAGAGUUCCUGUCCAAUCAGCAGCCGUACCCACAAUUCAUGGCCACUGUUGUCUACAAGGUUUUCCAGACGCUCCACGCCACGGGCCAGUCUUCCAUGGUACGCGACUGGGUGCUGCUGUCUUUGUCCAACUUCACUCAGAGGACACCAGUAGCCAUGGCCAUGUGGAGCCUGUCCUGCUUCUUUGUCUCUGCUUCCACCUCCCAGUGGAUCUCUGCCCUUCUUCCACAUGUGAUCAGCCGGAUGGGGUCCAGUGAGACGGUGGACGUCAAUCUGUUCUGCCUGGUCGCCAUGGAUUUCUAUCGGCACCAGAUCGACGAGGAGCUGGACCGCAGGGCCUUUCAGUCGGUGUUUGAGACGGUGGCAUCGCCGGGGAGCCCCUACCACCAGCUGCUGGGCUGUCUGCAGUCCAUCCACCAGGAAGCAUCGCUCUGAAGGGCAGCACGCCGAGGCAGACAGUCAGGCGCAGAGAGAAGGCCGAGUAGGCAAAGUGAAUUAGAGAGAUGAGUAAUUGAAUCUGCAUGUUCGGCUCCCUGAUAAAUUGCGGUGGUGGGAAAGAACAGGAUGUUUAUCCAACCUGAGCUACUGAAGCCUCAUUUCUCUCUCCCCGCUUUCAGCUUUGAAAAAUGUAAACCACUGAACCCACAAGUGCGAGCUCAGUGGCGUUCGGGUGCGUAAGAAUGAAGAACGAGACUUUAGGUCUGUUAAAUGUACAUAAUGCUGAAUUCUGGAAGAGGAAGCCCCUGACUAGAUGUGAAGGACGCGGGUUGAAGCUCUGGCAGAUUCCUCCCCACACAGCAGCACCUUUUUCUUUAAAAACAAACAGAAGAUAAUGUAAAUCAAAUACAAAACGGCUUUGUUUCUUUGCUCUUAGGACUUGCUUAAGUAUUGUGAUGUCAGUAAAGUUAAAUAGAGACAAAGUAUUUGCUAUAUUUAAAGUUUCAAUGCAUCUAUUUUUCAGUGAAUUUUGGUAAAAAGUGCUUAGUUGGGACUUUAAAAAUGAGGCUGACACACAAGGGUCAGAGACGUCUGCUUAAUGUUGUUAAAAAUUCUAUAUUUGAGUUGUGUGUUUGUGUUUAUCCAGACAUGCAGAAAGCAAAAAGAUAAAUAGUUUCUAUGUAAGAUUGCUAAUCAUUGUGUCCUGUUCUCCCUCGCCCUCUCGUUAUAUCGAAGCGGGGAACUCAAGACGUACUUCUCACUGCAGAAAGUGUAACUUAUUUCAGCAAGAGGCCAUACCUACUCUGGAUGGUUCACAUAGAGUCAAAAAGUGAAACGGGUAAAUGCCGGGCAUAAUUUAAGGUCAGGUUUUGUGAAAGUGGUCUCAUUUUAAUAGUUUAAAUCCCCCCAAUUUAUGUCGUUAAACUGUUCAGUAAGAAAAAUACCAAAAUCCUUUCUUGCCUCUUUUUUUAAAAAAAAAAUCCAGUUGCAGGUGGGUGUAAAGAAUUUCUUCUUAUGAUUUUAUGAAUUCACUAAAAUCUAUCAACUUUUUUUUUUAUUAACUGCAGAUCUGAAUGAUUCCACCUGUCCAAUUACUUCUACUUUUUUAAGUCUCAGGAUGUUGGGUGUGACUUUAUUAUUGUCAUUAAACUGGAAGUAGUUUUCAGUCUUACAUGGAGCUAUCUUCUUAUUAUGUUAAAAAAAAAAAGAGAAAAAAGAUAUAUGUAAAAAAAAAAAAAAAAUCAACUGUACAUUAAUCUGAAAGCCAUGGUGCAUGAUAAAAAAUAAGAACUAUGUAAAGAUGUGUGUCCACACUGUCUCAACACAGCACACAAAAUAUAAUGUAAAAGUCAGUGAAUGCAGAAAACAUACAAGCUUAUUAAAGACUUCAAGCUGCCUGUGACUGUGCUCUGUAGAUACACUUGCCUUAGACGAGACUCAACGUGUCCUGUGCACUGACUGCAUGCUAACGUUACUGCUGUGUUUAAUGUUGUAUUUUUGUGGAUAUCGUUGAGUGGAAGAGAUGCAACACAAUCCAAAGGGGACCUCAGAGGCCGACAGCAGCUUCGACAAAUCAAAAGAAAAGUGUAGCAAUGCCACAUGAACACAGUUUUCUUUAUUUUUCAAGCUUUAAAUAUUUUGUCUCUGACAUAAAUAUUACACCAAUAUCAACCACACUCGACACUUACGGUAAAAACUUGAAGUUGUGUACAUGUUCAUUGCUUCCCCCCCUCCCCCUUAUGCACUUAAUAAAAGAUCCUAGCCAUUUCCAACCUUGA